AGCAGCUUGGCUCAAAGUAUCUCGUGCUGCAACAAACCAAAAGCUUCAUAGAAAGAGAUGGCUCGUCCGACUUUGUUGCCUUUGGCCCUGCGCAUGGCCGCUGUGCUCUUCUUGUCGACCACCUUCGUUCAGGCUCCAGCCCGAACUGUGGAGGGCCCUCAGCGUCAGCUACGAGUUUUGGAGACAGCUUCCAUGUCAACUGGCCUUGCUAUGGCUGGCUCCCUGCCAGCGUUUGCCACAUGGGGUGAGGGCUCUGAGUCUGGUCAGAACAUCGACCCCGACUCCACCGAGUACUACAACCGAAAGGUACUGAACGCCACGGCCAUUUGCUUGACUUUUGCUGUCUUCCUGUUCGGCCUUGUUGUCUCGCAGGCUCGCAAGCUUGUGGAGAACAAGUGGUUGAACUGAGCCGCAGUGGCAUUUUUGAGGCGACUGACAGCUAUUUAGCGAAUUGCGUCACCGCAA